GAUAAAUCUUGUUUUGAAUGCACUAUCAGCCCUCCGGAAACGUUGUUGUGUAUUUCAGGGUACACUUUAAGCAAGCAGAAUGUCAGGAUUUAAUUUUGGAGGUGGGGGUGGAUCCAGUGGCUUUAGCUUUGGGACAGCUGCUCAGGCAGCAACAACAACAGCAGCAGCUGCUGUUGCACCAAGCAGUGGUUUCAGCUUCACUUCACCUGCUACAAGUUCAGCUGGAGGAAGCUCAGGAUACAGUUUUGGCAAACCAGCAACCUCUGCUGCAACGUUAGGAGGAGGCUUUAUCUUUAAUCCCCCUGCAGCUUCUGCCACCACAAGUACUGCACCCAUAGGAGGGUCAUUUUUCAGUAAUCCAGCCAGUACAGCUUCUGGUGGCAGCCUACUAGGAAAUCCUCCAGCAGCUUCAACAGCUGGUAGUGGAUUUAAUUUCACUGGUGGAAGCAACUUCAGCUUCCCAGCCACUUCAACACUUGCUGGUACUGGAGGUCUUGGAACGGCAGCUCCUGGACUUGGAACAGCAACUCCCGGACUUGGAACAACAGCUCCUGGACUUGGAACGGCAGCUCCUGGACUUGGAACAGCAGCUCCUGGACUUGGAACGGCUGCUCCUGGACUUGGAACAACAACUCCCGGACUUGGAACAGCAGCUCCUGGACUUGGAACAGCAGCUCCUGGACUUGGAACAGCAGCUCCUGGACUUGGAACAGCAGCUCCUGGACUUGGAACAGCAGCUCCUGGACUUGGAACAGCAGCUCCUGGACUUGGAACAGCAGCUCCAGGUCUUGGAACAGCAGCUGCUUCUGGAGGAUCUUCAGUGUUUUCUUUCUCUCUUCCAAGUUCUGCACCAGCAGCAUCACAGCCUUCAUUGCAGGCUGCAACAUCUUCAGCUUCAACAUUGUUCUCUUUGACAGCAAAACCAGCAUCAUCAGGAGGAAGCCUUACAGUUGGUGCAAAGGCUUAUCCUAGCACUACAGGAGGAAUGCCAUCACUCUUAUCAACAUUAAGCUCUACAACAACUGCUACAAGUGCAACAGCUACUGGGCUUGGGCAAGCUCUAAGUGUUACAACAGCACCUGCACCAAGUCUGCCAGCAGCGUCUGGUGCCACAACAGGUGGAAUUUUUAACAGUGGAGUUGCAGCACCUGCUCCAGUCACAGCUGCUGCCACACCAUCUAUCUUGGGCAUGAAGCUGGCAGGAAACACCACAGCUUCGUCUGGUGCAGUUCCAGCUCUUGGCUCAUCCACACUCCUUGCUAAGCCUGCUUCCUCUGCACCCUCACUAACCUCUGGCUUCCCUCUUACCACAACAUCGACAGCAACAGCUAGUGUGCCGGCAUCAACUCCUGCCUUGGCUACUCUUACAACAGCUACAAGCACAAGCAGCGCAUCUAUCACAGCAGCACCUGCAGCUACUACUCCCACACUCAGUGUAAGGGGAUUAGAAGAGAAGGUGAACAAGUGGGUAUCUGAGAUGAGAGAACAGGAGGACCGACUUAUGAGGCAAGCUGCACAUGUCAAUGCUUGGGACCAGCUUCUUCAGAAAGGGCAUGAUCAGGUUCAGCAGCUUCGUGACACCCUUAACACUGUGGAAGUGGAUCAGCAGAGACUGCAAGCAGAGUUAGAUUUCAUUCAGGGUCAGCAGCAAGAAUUGGAGCAGCUGAUUGAACCUUUGGAAUCUGCUGCAUCGACUACAUCCCCAGCACAGCACCAGGGGGAUCGCCAGAGAGAGAACAUGUAUCACAUUGCGCAGAACCUUGACUCCCAGCUUCGCCAGAUGACAGAUGACUUGUGUAAGGUUAUUGAACAUUUGAACAACAACAACAACUCCUCACAGGCCUCUGACCCAGUUACAACAAUUGCCAGAGUGCUGUCAGCACACAUGGACACUUUAAAAUGGGUUGACCAAAACUCUGCCUUACUUUCCCAAAAGGUAGAUGAUCUCUCUAGAGCAGCUGACUCCAAAAGGAGAGACUGAGAUUUGUAUAUGAAAUUAACAUUAAGGUAUGAAGAAGUUGAUGUUAAUUUUGAUGAUGUAAUCCAUGGCUGUAUUCUGUUUUUUUUCUGUUGAGAGGGACAGCGUGAUAUUUUUUAUUUAUUAAUAUGUAUUAUUAUUUUCUUCAGGAAUACAUUUUUCAUUUAUUAAAAUGUUAUACCAGUUUAGUUUGAGGUAAUUCAUGCAAAAUGCUUUUAUAUUUUCUUCAUACAAUUUGACUUCAUAUUAUUGUACCAGUUUUGUAUUUAAAUGCAUGGUCUGUAAUGUUUUGAAUAUUAAAGAUGUUGAAAUGC